UUUGGGCGCCGUUUUAUCCAUAUCCGCAUACUUAUUUUCUCUACGUGUCAUUGAUGGAUUAGCAGUCGUGCGAUAGCAGUGCCCCAGUGUUUGCCUUCGAAUCUCCAUGGACGAAGGAAUAACUUUCAGCUCGUCCGCAACAGAAUGGAUGCAAGCCCUAAUUAGUUUAAAUCUUUCAAGCCCUCCACAAAAUGUCCGUUCUUGCAUUCUCGGUGCCUAUCACGCCUUCAAGAUCCAAGGCUAGUUUAUUAAUGAGGCGUUUGAGAAAUGUCAGCGGAAAAUCAUAUUGGAAGAGAACUCUUAUGAUCAGUGCUGAAGUGAAAUAUGUGAAUGGAGAGGAGGCAAAAAGGCUUAUCGACGAAGAAGGGUACAGCAUUUUGGAUAUUCGCGAUAAAACACAGUAUGACCGAGCUCACAUCAAUUCAUGCCGGCAUAUUCCUCUAUUUAUUGAGAACAAUGACAAUGACAUCGGGACAAUAGUGAAGAGGACGAUACACAACAAUUUUGUUGGAAUUCUAUUUGGUUUGCCAUUCACGAAGCUUAACCCUGAAUUUGUUGAAGCGGUUAAGAGUCAAUUCCCUUCUGAUAGCAAAUUAUUGGUGGUUUGCCAGGAGGGUUUGAGAUCAGCGGUUGCGGCAAGUAAGCUUGAGAGUGAAGGGUUUCAAUAUAUUUCCUGCAUUACAUCAGGACUACAAUCAUUAAAGCCAGGAACCUUUGAAUCUACUGGCACUGUUGAACUCCAAAAUGCUGGAAAAGCUGGCCUUGUGACUAUCCAAGGGAAAAUCUCUGUUGUACUUGGGACUGUGCUAAUCUGUGCCCUUCUUUUUAUAACAUUGUUCCCAGAUCAAGCAGAGAAGAUACUUCAAGCAAACCCGCAAGAUCGUUCUUAAAUGUUCUGUCUCGCAAUGUUUGGAGGCUUACAAAGCCCACUCUUGAUAUGACUUGCAGGAUUCUUGUUCAGGUUAGAAAUUAUCAUUUAUUUUCUGUUGAAAAUAGUCCAAUCUUUUACGUAGAAGGCAAUGAUGGUGUCUUUUGACUAAUCACUUCUCUGCUGGGAAGCUUAUGUGGUCUCCAUUAAAACAGGAGGUAUGAAAAUUUAAAAUUGAUAUUGUUAUUGUUUUGGUUCUGGUUGAUACUCUCAUUGAUAAAUUACUUGAGAAGAUUAGUCAAAGUCAUUGGUUUUACUGAAGCUGUUGCAUUAUCUGACAAAUAUGUUUUAUCGUAGCAGUAGUUGAUUAAAAAAAAUCAGACCUCAAUCAGACCUCAUUGG